CGGUUCCCGCCUUUCCGAAGAACUUGUCAGAGUCCUGGGAACGCGCACGUCCGGGAGCCCGCGCCGGUGCAGCCGGGUGACCGCGCAGGCUGGGCAGCUGCGGUUGGCGUCGCAUGUCGCGGGGUUCUGAGACGCCGGCCCCAUGUGGAAGCUGCUCCCGGCCGCCGGUGCGGCUCCAGGAGAACCAUACCGACUUUUGGCUGGCGUGGAGUACGUUGUUGGGAGGAAAAACUGUGGCAUUCUGAUUGAAAAUGAUCAGUCAAUCAGUCGAAAUCAUGCUGUCUUAACAGUAAACUUUCCUGUAACCAGUUUGAGUCAAACAGAUGAAAUUCCUACAUUAACAAUAAAAGAUAACUCUAAGUAUGGAACCUUUGUUAAUGAAGAAAAAAUGCAGCCUGGUCUUUCCUGCACUUUGAGGACAGGAGAUAGAGUUACCUUUGGCGUGUUUGAAAGUAAAUUCAGAGUAGAAUACGAGCCCUUGGUUGUUUGUUCUUCUUGUUUAGAUGUCUCUGGGAAAACUGUUUUAAAUCAAGCUAUUUUACAGCUUGGAGGACUUAUGGCAAACAACUGGACGGAAGCAUGUACCCACCUGGUCAUGUCGGCAGUUAAAGUCACCAUUAAAACUAUAUGUGCACUCAUUUGUGGACGUCCAAUUAUAAAACCAGAAUACUUUUCUGAAUUUCUUAAAGCAGUUCAAUCUAAGAAACAGCCUCCAGAAAUUGAAAGUUUUUACCCACCCAUUGAUGAACCAGCUAUUGGAAGUAAAAGUGUUGAUCUGUCAGGACGACAUGAAAGAAAACAGAUCUUCAAAGGAAAAACAUUUGUAUUUUUAAAUGCCAAGCAGCACAAGAAACUCAGCUCGGCAGUUGCUUUCGGAGGUGGAGAAGCCAGGCUGAUGGCAGAAGAAGACGAAGAGGAACAGAGCUUCUUUUCAGCUCCCGGAACCUGUGUUGUUGAUGUAGGAAUAACAAAUACACAGCUCAUAAUUCCAGACUCCCAGAAAAAAUGGAUUCAUUUGAUAAUGGAUAUACUUCAAAGGAAUGGUCUCAGACCUAUUCCUGAAGCGGAGAUUGGAUUGGCUGUUAUUUUUAUGACUACAGAGAAUUACUGUAAUCCGCAGAGCCAGCCUUGUACAGAAUUAAAGACAACGACUCCAGGACCAAGCCUUUCCCAAGUCCUGUCAGCCAAUGGAAAAAUAAUCCCAAGUGCUCCAAUGAAUAUGACCACAUACGUAGCUGACACAGAAUCAGAACCAGCAGAUACAUGUAUGCCUUUGAGUGAAAGACCAGAAGAAGUAAAGAUCCCUGGACUGGAACAAAGCUCUAGGAAGCUUUCAGAAGAAACAUUCAAUAUAAAGGAGGCCCCUAAACCAAGCUCCAAAGCUAAUAACCUAGCAUCAAAUACGCUGGUUAGGGGAAAGUCCCCGAGCUAUCAGCUUUCUCCAAUGAAAUUUCCUGUUGCAAGUAAAAAUAAGGAUUGGACUUCUCAGCAGCAGCAGAACUCCAUCAAAAACUACUUCCAGCCAUGCGCCAGAAAAAGAAGGGAAAGGGAUGAAGACAAUCCAGAACUGUCCUCAUGCAAAUCAUCCAGGAUGGAGCUGUCCUGUUCUCUUUUAGAACAAACACAACCUGCCGGACCCUCACUGUGGAAAAGCAAGGAGCAUCAGUCUCAGAAUGAGACCCUGGACAGGGAAGCCGACACCUCAUCUGUGGGUGGGAUGGACAUAAAACUCAACAGGAAGAGUCCUGACAGGAAACCAUUUCCCACAGAAACUCUUAGACCAAGAAAAAGAAAAGAUGUUGAUUUAGCUACAGAAGAGGAAGUAUUGGAAGAGUUACUGAGGAGUACAAAGCCAGAGUUGGCAGUUCAAGUGAAGGUUGAAAAGCAGGAGGCAGAUGUCACCAUCAGAAAAAAGCCAAGGAUGGAUGCAGAGAGGAAUCGGCCCCUGAAUGGUGGAUCAGAGCCGGAAAGCAACAGCGCUCCUCAAGAAGAUGAAAGAGAAAAGAAAGAUGAACUUCAGACAGAGUCGUGGUCAACAAAACAGGAAAUAGCUAAUCGUGAUGAUCUUCAGGACAGCAGUGAGGAGCUGCCACGGAAACUGCUGCUGACUGAAUUUAGGUCAUUGGUCGUCAGUAACCACACCUCGAGAAAUCUGUGCAUAAAUGAUUGUGGUCCACUGAAGAAUUUCAAGAAAUUCAAGAAGGCUACAUUUCCUGGAGCAGGAAAGCUUCCACACAUCAUCGGAGGAUCAGACUUAGUCGGUCACCAUGCUCGAAGGAAUACCGAAUUAGAAGAAUGGUUGAAACACGAAAUGGAGGUACAGAAACAACAAGCAAAGGAGGAAUCUCUUGCUGAUGAUCUGUUUAGAUAUAAUCCUAAUGUAAGAAGAAGAUAAUUGAACCUUAUAAAGGAAGCUGUAGAAACACAUUUCUACUUCAGACCAACUGAGAUACGUUAAUAUAGUACAUAGAAAUUAUAAAUGCUUUAAGGUUUCAGUUUAUUAAAUAAAGGAAACAAACUCCAUUCCUUUUGUGUGGUAACGUUGUCUCUGGGGUGAAUAUAUACAUUAUAAUUAUCCCCUCUUUUUAAAUGUGUUUCUUACUUACUAAGUAAUUAUUAGAAUCAUAGUAUUCAAAAUCCUGAAACUCCAUUACGGGUAAAGACCAAAGUCUCCCAUCCACUAGCUGAUUGAUUCCUGCUGUGUUAUGGAUAGAUAGAUAGAUAGAUAGAUAGAUAGAUAGA